AAAAGGAUGCCCUUUAUUCGGGGGCAAAAGCAUAAAGAGCUCGUUCCCUUUCUGUGGGAUGGUUGAAAGAAGCAGGCGACAGCCAUUACAAGUUGAUGGUAAGGAAGUCUCCAUGAGGCCGCAGGAGGUUAUGGGAGGCGGUGCGUCUACCCAGUCUGGUCCAUCCGGUCCGAACAACCGGAAUCGGAACCAGACCUCGGAGCUGACGGAACAGGUGUACCAGCUGAUCAGCCGGUGUCUGUACAGUCUGCCUCUGCCACAGGGGGCAGGAUCACAAGCAGUAAACGAUGCUCUGGUUGAGAGAGUCACAAAAUACUUCACCAAAGUGGAAUUUGAAGAUGCUGAGAUUUUAAAAAGAGGCGAGCCAGCCAAGGAGAUAUUUGUGGUGAUAGAAGGUCUGGUUGAGGUGGUUUCAGACGAGGACAACAAGAUUGUUCUGGCGAGUGUCACAGAUGGAGAGUUCUUCGGGGAAGUCUCAACACUGUUCAACAUGCCGACCUCAGCAACUGUCAGGUCUCCUGGCAGGACGACUCUGGCAGCCCUGAAAGCGGAGGAUGCCAGGAGGCUGCUGCCGCCCACCCAGACUAACCUGCUGGACUGGUACAUCCAGAGGAGGUACUUCGACACAAACGCUGCCGUCGACAAGAUCAAACUCUCCAGGAAAAAGGCACUGGCAGCUCUGAAACAGGUUCCCAUGUUGCAAGGCUGGAGUGAUGACUCUCUAAAGUCUCUCAUCAUGAGUCUAGAAACAGACAUCAUCAUCCUGUACCCGUCCCGAUCUGCCAUCCUCUUCAAGGACGACCCCUCGGAAGAGGUCUUCGUCCUCGUCAAGGGCAAGGUGGAUGUACUGGAUGGGAAAGCUCGGCUGGCAACUCUGCAGGCAGGGAAGUCACCCAUCUGUCUGGGGGAGGAAGGUCUGAUGACCAGUGGCAGUAGGAAGAUGACCGUCCGAGCACAAACGCCCAGCCAGCUCAUGGUCAUCAAGCGGUGGAACCUGCACCGCACCUCAAACGAGUUUAUCGAUGACGCAGGCAGAGCGUGGGAGGAGACCCAGGACCGGUGGAAGCAGCAGUUAGCCCAGCGGGAUCGGAACCUGUACAACAAGUUUGGGGCGUUCUUACAGAUAGAGAUUCUUAUCAAGAAAUUUCGUCAGUCGGCGCUGUUCAGUGACUGCCCGGUUGGACUGAUCUACCUGGUUGCCAUGGCAGCCACGGGGGAGGAACAUGCCACGGGGAAGUCUGUACUUACAGAGGAUGAGUACGAAGCUAAGACACUGUUCCUGAUCCUGAGAGGUUCUGCUCACAUGAUCAGUGAUGAUGGAGUUGUGGACUCCUUUGUGAAGGGAGAUGCCUUCUGGAAUCUGCCGUGGUAUCCUCGGAAGUGCUGGGUCCGGGCUAAGGAGCAGACCAUCAUUGUCAAGUACUCGGAGUCUUCUGUUCGAGAGGCUCUCGGGGAGUACCCAGACGCCAAGCUGAACAUUCCGCAGAGGUCUUCUCACGAGGGAACAGGGAAUAAUGGGAGGGCAUCGAACAACGGAAGGGGGUCAAACAACGGGAGAGCGUCGCGUCCGCAGAGCAGACCACAGAACAGGCCGCGCAGUCGCCCACAGAGGGGCUCCGAGGCAGGCACAUCAUAGCAGCGCAGGGGACUUAUCUGUUUAGACAUUUUCAGGGAAUGUUAUUUGUCUGUCAUUGUUGACACUGACCUGGGAAAUUACGUCAGUAUCUGGCUAUGGCAGGGCUUGAAAUACUAGAUGUCUGUGCACUUUUGUGCACCCUAAAUGCACUGGAGCUGUACACCAGUUUGAGGUAGGAUAAGCUUAGGGUGUUGUCAACUGAGUCAACAGAUGUCGGUAUGGACUCAUGUAAAGCUGUACGUACUAGUAUAUCAAGGGUCAUAUUGUUGGUAAACUAGGUAGAUUGUUGCAGGGUUUUUCAUUACACUGAAGCCAUAGUUUGAAAUAUAGAAAGGUAAGGAAGCCAAUGAUGGGCCAGUUAGCCAUUGUCAAUGUUUGGUUUUUUCCUUUUUAGCAAAAAGCCAUUUGAAAGAGUUCUAUCAGGAAGAAGGUUAUUGUGUUUUAUUAAAGGAAGGUCAGUUUAUUUUGGGUAUUAAAAUAGUGAUACUACAUGUAUAUUACUGUAUGAUAGUUUGUAUAGUUGAAGCCAUUAUGUGAUCCCAAUUUAUAGGGUUCAUGAUUUGGUGUUGCCAGGUUGAAUUAGGUUGAAAAGAUUCUUCCGUUAAGAUAUUUUGUGCUAGUGUUGUAAGUAAACUAAGCAGGGCUGUAUGUAGAGGUACACUGACAAUGUUUCAAUGUGUUUUUUAGAGAAAUCCUCAUUUAGAUGUUUAAAAUCAAGUUGAGAUCCAUAAAAUUAGUUGAGGUUGGCCUAUGGUGGUUUAUGUUGCAGUGUAAUUAUUAAUGAUUUCAUAUUUAUGCAGUGUUUUAUUUUCUCUCAGUGUUUUGUUGGUUAAGUUGUGUUGUCUGUGUUGGAAAUUCUAUGGAGCUUUUUUGUACCUUUGGGAUUUAUGAUUUUAAGUAUUUAUUUUGAUUCUGUGUCCUUUAUUUGAAUCUCAAGUGAUAUAAGUCAUAUUUAAUAACUAUGCAGCUAAGGUGA